AUGAAUACCAACCAACAAGCGGUAUGCUUAUGCCCUCUUUCUACUUGCACAGCGCCCCCAGACACCCUGACACCAGCAGCUCUCGAAACCUACUUUGCCCGCUCCCUCGGCUUCUCCCUCCUGGCCCUGGGCCUGAUCAUCCUCCUCCUCUCCGGCGCCCUGCCCCUCGCCGCGACCGACGCCUCCCACCCCGAGGGUACGGCCUCCCCAUACGCCGACGCUGCCGUCUCCGUCUCGGCCUUGCACCAUGCCACGAGCGCCUUCUACUGCUACAGCCGCUGGCUGCAUACCGGCCAGACGGCGAGCGUCAUGGGCUGCCUCGGUAGUGGGGUGUUCGCCGUUUUCGGACUCUGGUUCGUCAUGUUCGCAGGGAGCAAGGGGCGUCACAGCAAGAGGACGGGAUUCGACAAGGACACGAGCGGCUUCCCGUUCAAGAACAGCGAGGCGUACCGGAAGAAGAAGAAGGGCCUCUGA